ACGCCUCCGCGGGCUCGGGGUCGCUGCCGAACACGGUUCGGUGGUGCUGAUUGCGCAGCUCCUCCGCGCGUGGCGGACUUGUUGGGACUUGCCUGGACAGCGCGGCGCUUAGGGCCCUGCUUGGGCGUGGAGCCCGGGGCCGCCCUGGGCUUAGGUCUGAGUCCCUGGCUAGGGACACCUCCUCGGUAACACUCAGCCUUUUAGGGUUUGGGUGGGCGCCCGUGAGGCUUGUAGUCUUUGGAGUCAUUUUGCUCUCCUUGCGCUUGGUGGUUUUCCUCCCUCUCGGAAGCGAUUUUCUGCUUUCCUUUUUCAAAACUGACUUCGCAGUUACCUUACUUGUUAACACCAUCAAGGACAGUCAGGCUUUAGCCGCUCAGAGUUCCUGUCAGAUCAGAUGCUGAACCCUGGGGACAGAAAUUACCCAAGGGUUGUCACUCUCCGGUCUACCUCAGCGAUUUCUACUCUCAGCGGGUGCAACGGUUGGGGUCAAGUUCUUACUUAGCCCCGCAGUUUUGUUUAUAUUGGAGACUGUUACUUAGUGGACCAAAAAGGAACGGGAUUAACUUUACCAUAUGCUUCUUGAUCGUCAUAGAGUUACUUUACUGGGACCUGGAGAAUACAAGCAUUCUAAAAAGUAUUGAUUAAAGUUAACAGGCUAAAAAAAAAAAAAAAAAGAAGAAGAAGAAAAAGAAAAAUAUCUGACGUAUUGCGUUUGCUGAUUGGCUAGAGAUUUACUCCACCCAUCCUUGGAAGAGGAAAAGAAAAAACAUAAAAAGAAACGGCUAGUUCAAAGCCCAAAUUCCUAUUUUAUGGAUGUAAAAUGUCCAGGUUGCUACAAGAUUACCACGGUUUUCAGCCAUGCUCAGACAGUGGUUCUUUGUGUAGGCUGUUCAACAGUGUUGUGCCAGCCGACAGGAGGAAAGGCCAGACUCACAGAAGGGUGUUCAUUUAGAAGAAAGCAACACUAAUGAUCCACACCACCUCUUGAAUUUGUGUUAUAUCGCAGAAAGCCUUAUCAGUUCAAUAAUUCCAGUUAAUCUACCAAGAUAAUGUAAUUACGUUUAAUUUUGUAAGGUAUACCACAGUCAUCUCCUAUUUUGGUGUCAGUUUUUCAAUAAAGUUUUGAUUAUGGGCAAAUUUC